CAAAAAUGCCAUUGAAAUGUGAAAUAUGCAAUUUCUGCAACUUGCAAUCUUGAGCAAUACUUAUUUGUACAAUUAAUUUGAUAAAAAUUAUGCGAUAUCGCACGAUGCUCUCCAUUUAUUCGGGGUUUGCAACGGAUUGUGUCGGCACUGCCGACAUACACGCGAAAGAGCGAGAAAGAGAAUCGGUUGGCGGCUUGCAUGUGCGGGUGUGGGCGCCUCGCCCUCGGUAUCUCUCUCUUUCUCUCUCUCUAUCGCUCCCGUCAGCUCCGGUGCGAAAUUUAACCGGCUGCAAGUAAUUUUCGUCGCUCGAGUCAUCAUCGAGUGGCUUCUACGGUGUAAGCCAAAAUAGCCGUCGCCGUCGCCCCGCCUCUCGAGCAGGAUUCUCUCGCGUCACGUAUCGACGUUCUCGACCGGGUUCGUCGUCGUCGCGACGGUAGUGCGGGGCCAUCUUUAAAUGGACGAACAGUGGUGAAUGUGCACGACGACGAAGACGACGAGGAAGACGACCACCACCACGACGGUGGCAACGCCAAGGACGACGACGACGACGGCGACGGCAACGACGACGGGGUGCGGAAGGCGAAAGAACAGCACGAGAAGCGCGCGGGGUUACCACCAGGAGUAUGGAUCCCUCACCCCCGUGAGCUACGCCGUCGAGCAAGCACGUCAUUCAGGACAAAGCGCUGAUAAUCAAGAAGUGAGCAGCGGAGUCUGCAGACACCGUUGGCGGUAUGAGCCGGCCGUCUAAAGCCGUGACCCAAGCGAAGAAAGUAGCACCACCGGCUGUACCAGACGUGUUUCGACACUCUGGUUCCUCAUUUGGCUCGGCUGGAUAUGCUAGCAGCGAGGAUAGCUGCUUCCUCUCCGGAAGCGGACCCGGAGGUACGACAGACGAUGGAUCCUACGGGAUGCCAUCUGGAAAAAGUCCGGGACCUAUUUUUACCCAUCCUGGCUUCGCCUUUCCGCCGGUCGUCGGCAAGUACGCCCACGCCGAAGAUCAAGGUAUUGACAUGACACAGAGUCCCGGCAGGGACAGCCCUGGCAGUUCAGGAUCGGGUUCCGGUUCUAGACAUUCUACAGCUUCGUUGGAUUCCGGAAGAGCGUCUGGCUAUCAUUUGGGACCUAGAGGGCCCGGUGCUCUCGCCUCGUCUCCCAGAUGCUCUAUUAGCUCCCUUGGAAGUCAUCCCGACAGACCAGCGGACCUUGAUGUCGUUCAUGCUUGGCUAACCGAGCUCCAAUUCGAAGAAUACUUUCCCCUGUUCGCUUCCGCAGGUUAUGACCUCGCUACUAUAACGCGCAUGACGCCGGAGGAUCUUACAGCUAUAGGUAUUAAGAAACCUAAUCACAGAAAGCGGCUGAAGGCGGAAAUAGACAAUUUAAAUAUAGGAGACGGUUUGCCGGAACACGUGCCCGGAUCGCUGGAGGAAUGGCUGAGGCUUCUCAGGCUCGAAGAAUAUCUUGGCGCUCUUCAUCAACAGGGUAUGCGUUCCGUUGAGGACGUGACGACUCUCACUUGGGAGGAUCUCGAGGACAUUGGUAUUGUACGCCUAGGGCAUCAAAAGAGGUUACUCUUGGCUAUUAAGAGAGUUAAAGAUAUUCGUGCUGGCAAACGUAUACAACCGCUUGACCUUGCGCGUUUACCGCCACAUCCCGGACAUACGCAGGACGUUGUUAUACAACGAGGUGGGCCCGACUUACCGUCGCCUGAUGAGGACUGUUCCUCGCCUGUACUCAGAUCUUUUCAAAGAGGUGGAAAUGAUACCACUUCCGGUGCUACUUGGAGAAGUAUGUAUGCCGCGCUUCCGGCUGAUUAUAAUACUGUUGGCCGUACUGGCUCUCGGGGAAAGUCUUUGGAAAGCUUAGAGGACGCGCCUCUUGGUUAUCCUCCGUCGCCGGCGCCGAUCUCGCAUCCACAGCCUCUCGAGUGGCGUCCACGUAGCUUCGAAGAUGGCGAUCUCACACCAACGAAUGAUGCUUCCGUUGUGGAUGCCGGUGGCGGUACUCUUCCACGACCAAGACAUUGCCUUGUUCGUCCGCGGCCCGUCGCCAAGGUCACCGCGACACCGGGGCAAUAUAAAUCCUUGCCAAGAGAUUUCGAUAACAAGUAUCAAUUAACCUACGGACUCGAGAGUAGUCCGCAUCUUCCGAAACGAUGUCCUCCGUCGCCCCCGAGACGGCAGAGCUCUAGGGAUGCAACUAGUUCUUCCGUGAGUGUAGGUGGUACCGCUGUCGGCGACGUUGUGAUAGACUGUAGCGGACCAGUACCGACUGCUUCGUGCGACGAUCAUCAUAUUCACCAGCAUCAUCAUCAGCAUCAUCAUUUGCUUCAUCAUCCGCCGCCGCCGCCGCCAGCACCCACACCAGCGCCUUCCACACCGCCGCAACUGAAUCGGCCGCCCUCCUCCAUGUCGCGCUCGUGGGGUAGCGUCAGCGUUAACGUUAACGAGGAACAUGAGCUAAUUGCCACUCUCGCUUUACAGCAUCGCAACGGAUCAGACGCUAGUUUUAAGUCAAGUUCCAGUACAGAAUCAGACUCAUUGCCGUUCGCCAAUGAGAACGCCGGCACGAUAAAACAAAGGGCCGGCCGAGCGCAAGAGUACGUACCGGGCGGACCGACUAGUAUCGGUGGUCACGUAGUCAAUCAUCAUUCCACUGUUGGUGAACCUGCGGACGUUUUGAACGACAUUGGAAAUAUGCUUGCCAAUCUCACGGACGAGCUCGACGCGAUGCUCGAAGAGGAGAAACGCCAGGGCCUGAACUCAUAAUUGUCACUGCCUUCGUUUGCACUUUUCUAAUUGACUAGAAUUGCCAUAAGAAACGCAAGCUCACACAGUGGCUUUUGUUGCCGGUUACGUGAGAUAAAGACUUAAUUAGUGCAGCGCACACAAGUCGGACACGAUUGAAUUCACGCAAUUCACGAGAGGACGAGCGGACGCGAAUCGCGGUGAGAUUCAAAUAUUGGAUCCUAAGAAUUUUUGAAAAAAUUGUGGAAAUAUUUAUCAGCGUAUAAAACUUUUACUUUCGUUGCAUUUUUCAUUCCGAGAGGAACGAAUGAUAUCGCUCCACAUCGACGGUACUAUUGGCUCGUAUUGUACAAAAAUUAAUGCGUAAUGUAAAGCAUAUUUUCAUCUAUACUUUCUGCUUCGAUCACUUUUUUUCUCUUCGUCGGAAGGAAAGAGCGCUUUACUUUCACGUGUGGGAACAUCGGAUGAUCCACAAAGUUUCCACCUGUUCUAUAAUGGUAUUGCACAAUCCGUAAGUGUCUUCUACUUCUAUUGAAGUGGUAUAGUAUUACAUUUCUUUAUCAUUUUUUAUUUCUCUUACGACGGACAAUAUUAACGAGUGAUAAAGUGAAACGUAUCGCUCUUAUCUGUGUAACGAAUUAUCGCGACAUCCAUCCAAACGAACGAUGUGUGGAAUAUUGACGUGGCACGUGGGGGAGGGGAAUACAAUUUCUUUUUGACGAGUAUGUUGAAUGUGUGAACUAAUAAUUCAUAUUGCAAAAGUGUGUUGCGAACGAUUUGGAAAACGGCACGCGCAGCUUUUGCACAUCCAUCUUACAAUUUGUCUGUGACACGUCAAAUUCGACUCCUCUUCUCCAAGAAUUCGAUUUCCGUUGCGUAUACAUUCCAGUCGACAUUUUCCCAUUUCCGUCCUUCGUUGAAUCGAUAGCGUAAUAGACAUCGGAAUUUUCUACAGUUGACUAUGUUAUAAUGGCGGGGGGCGCAAAGACAGAUAAUUAAAUGUGUUUCAUCGCCCGAGUGAAGCACAGCUCCGAAAACAGAUUAGAAUGGCGUACAUACUUAUAAAGAAAUUGUUACAAUGAUGGAAAAUAAUUUUAACAUCCUCGGUCAUGAAAUGAUUUUUCGCGGAAAAGAGAUCACAAGACAUAGGCAAUGCUUUCCCUUUCCUAUCGAUCGCAGAUAGAAUUUUCAAGGCAAUACGGUUUAGUACAGAAACAUAAGUAAGGUAUACCAAUUAACAUUUUGUAUUUAUUAUCUGUACUAAUGAAUAUUUAGAGGCGUACAUAAUUCACUAUUAUUGUAUGGUACAUCCCGAUGUGCGGAGCACUUGGAAAGUAUUCAUACGCAUUAAAUCAAAGUAAUUGUAGCUAACGGGGGCACAUUUUUGAGGUAGGCACCCGAAUGGUCUUCGCUAAUGUGUUACUACUGGUACGUUUUGAGAUCUGAAUAUAUAUAGUAUUUUACAAGAAAUUUUUAUGAAAUACUUUAUAUGAUACUUUAUAUAAUAUUAUAGUAUUGAAUAACGCAAUGAUGUGCAAGCAGCAGAGACUUAAACUAACAAUUCUUCGAAGUGACGUCGCAGAAAAUCUUGCUUGACACUUUUAACACUUCAAGAUAAAAACCGAGAAAAAUUCUCUCUUCCUAUAUUAUUGAUCUAAAGCCAAUUUAUAUUGAUAAUUUGCUACCUAUAUAUAUAUAUAAAUAUAUAUAUUAAUCUGUUAUUAAUAUUUGCAGUAGUACAUCCAUCUUUCAUGUUAAGAGAUCACUUUACGUACCAGUUUCGAUGACUGACAAUGCAAAACGCAUGAUUUAUGAUAAAAUGUAUAAUUAUUAUACCACCACUCCCCCCUGAGACACAUUCUAUUUUUAGUCCUAACGAGGAUCGUUAUUUAUAUCUGGAUCCAAUUGGGAUCCAUUCACAGAUAAGAAAGGAACACAACAUAUACGGAAUUCUGAGGUACAUUUAGAAGUAAUUGAUGAAAAAAGGAAGGCUGCUCGCAGUGCAGACUGGAGUUUUGUCUUGUUACUGUAGGUAUUAUAUAUAUGCUGUAUAUAUACAUAUAUGCGUAUGUACAGGAUGUUCUAGAAAGAUAAAAUAUCCUUUUAGCAACAGAUGCUUCAAGUGAAUUUGCAAUUGAUUUCUUUCAAGGCGAAGAUAUUGAUUUUAAUUUUUAUCAUAAGAUAUAUUUAUAACUGAUUUUUAAAGUUUUUAAGUGUUAUUUAAUAUUUGAGAUUUUUAAUUACAAUAUAUGAAAAUCGUUGGUUUUCUUCAAAACUAAUUCCAAAGAAUCUGCCAUUAAAAGAGAUUGUCAUCAAUCUUUUUAGAACAUCCUGUAUGUACAUGUAUGUACGUAUGUAUGUAUAUACAUUAUUAGUAAGCAGUGAAUUUAGGAGGGCAUACGUUCCGCGAUACUACGAGCCUUUGAGCGAGAUGGAAUAAUCUGUUGUUUUUGCAGAUGAAUCAUACUAAUCAGACGCAUGACUGACGCGCGAUGCGAACAAGUUACGCACAUUGUAGGUUUGUACUGCAAUUUGAUAUAUAUAAUGUUACGAUAAUGCAAUCAUUCGAGCGAGCCAGCGUAUAUCUCAAUUUUAUGCUGUACAGUUUACGAUAUAUGUUUCGAUUAUUGUACAAAUAUUAUGCUUUUUUAACAGCGAACUAUUAUAUUCUGGUUUAUAUUUUAAUUUAUAUCAAUGAUUAUUGCUUAUAACGUACAUGGUAAAUAAUUAAAUUGAUAAAAGAAUUAUAUCAUUGUAUGUAAUGCGUGUAGUGUGUAACAGAGUUGCCUGUUGCAUAAGAAUAUAAAUAAGAAUUGAUUAUUUUAAAAGAGAUGCAAAUCAAGUAUGAAAAUUUAUUAAUAGGAAUAUGCAUUAUAUUUAUAUUAGCGUUUUAUUUACAUCUUUGAUAUUGCCGUCAAGCAACAUCAAUUUAUGUAGUAUAUUGAUAUAAAGACACUUUUUAUUCCGCUAUUAGCAAUGUAAAUAUUCAGAUAACAAUGUGUUUCAAUUAUUUUGUUAAUUUUGAUAUCUAAUAGCUGAUUUGAGUACGUAAAAUUAUGCAGAUUUGCAAUAUUACACACGCUAUGAGAAAAAUUACUAUAAAUUAUCACAGCAAGUCAUUCGCAAUUUGCUGAAUAAAAGAUAAAAUUUGUUUUCGAAUUGCAUUGCAUUACAGCAGAAUAUACAUUCGUAUAUCAUAGUUUACAUAAUGCUUUUUUACAUGAUGCUUUUUUUUUAUCAUCAAGAAGCCAUUGAAUAAACGUGCAUUUUUUAAACUUAUUUAAUAUUAACUACAUUAAGUCAGCGCAAAAGUUUUUAUACUCUUGCAUUGAAUACGAAAGAUUAUAAAAACGUGAAACGCUUAAGUAUUAAAUAGCGCAUUUCUUUACAAUAAUGUUCUUCCAAGAGAAUGUAAUUCCCAUCAUUUUUAAUAAAUCAACUUCCACACACACAUAGAUGUAAACCGAUAGUUCUUUGGCGUCCAAUAGAUGCGAAAAAAAUGGAUAAGCUACUCAGUUUUCAAGUAUUAGUUAACGUAAAUUCAGAGAUAUUUAUAUUAUACUGGUUUAUAGACAGCUAACUGACAGUGUCCUAAAUACAUUGCUUCCGCAUGGUAUAUAGGAUAUUACACACAUAUAUAAACAUAGCAUAUUAAUUAUAGUUUUUGUACAAACGUAAUGCGUCACUAUAGUCUCGCUCACAGCGAGCCCAAUGCCCGCCUAAACUGCAUUGUACAACCCCCUUUCCCUUCCAUGUUGAUUUAUAUAAAUGCGCGUUAGAUAUAUUACUUGGUUUAUUGAUUAAGAAAAAGGUGAUUGAUCUUUAAAUAAAGCCAAUGGACACACUUAUUCAUCAUCUCUCGAUCGAUACUCAAAUUAUUUCCCUCGUCUCAAAAGUGAGAAACAGAUUUUCUUAUGUAUACUUUGCUUAUGAUUAAUAAAAUUAAAUAUUAACAUUU